AUGAGAUUUGAGAGAAUUAGGGCAAGCUUGGCAAGAGAGUUGGAGGAGGUUAUGGAGGAUUUUGAGUUAUUGCGAAGGGAGAAAAGAAGGCGGAAGGCUAAGCUAAAGUUCUUCGGUUUGGAUGUUCCAAACGAUCCCGAUUUCAAUAAAGAAGGGUUGGCCGAUGGUUUUGAUGUGAAUAACUCUUGUUAUCCGUCUAUACUAGUUAAGUCUACUUGGGGCGAUGACUAUGACAUCGCUCUUUAUGGUAGACUUGGACUCCACUGCCACAAUUUUCAGAAGGGAACAAACUUCAAGUUUGUGCGCUGGGAAAAGUUUAGUGUUAUCUCUACUGCAUACGACUACGUCUAUGUAACUUUGGACGCCAAGGAUCCUGUCUCUGACUCGGUCUUCUCUUUUCAGACCUUGUUAAACGAAGAUUCUUCUCCAGACUGUCCCGUUAUGUGGAGUACCUUAGCUUGCAGAAUCAAAUGUGACGGUGCAGUGGGUGAACGUUGGGACGAUACGACAGUAGAUGAUUUCUACAAAGGUGCAAUGCCCAAAUGGUUGUCUGAUGAAGAAUUGGCGUCUGACAAUAAAAAGUAUUAUGUGGUGCAAGAAUCAGAGUUGCAGGAGAAUGACUGGCUGUAUCUAUUCACCGAAAUUGCGUUCUACUCAAAAACAAAGAACGUGUUGACUGCUUCCCCACCCUUGGAGAUCGAGAAGGUGGUUGUAGUGACUAAAGAAGACACAGAAGAAGGCCAUGAGAAGCUGAAAGCCCAAAAUGCAAUCUUCUAUGUAUGUUACAAGUAUAAUGGUGACUAUUCAGAGUGGGCACGUGAUCACAAAGCAGUUAUAAGGAAAACCAUGGAUGGGAAGCCAGGACACAUGUAUCUUGAAGUUGUAGCAGCAGAUUGAACUGAAGAAGAAAAGACAGAUAGGGAUCUGCUCUUUUAUAAUACCUAUCAUUAACGCUAUUACUAACUUUAUCAUGUUACAUAUAUGCACUAUGUUGUGUUUGGCUUGUGUUUGACUAAAAAUAUUUGAACUAGAACGAGCAGGAUCUAUUAUUAUUAUUAUUCAAGGAGAGAUUUAUGUUU